GCAGAGCGGGCACCGGGAGAGGCUGCACCUCCUCUACCCACACCUCGUGCCACACGGCUCUUCUACCACACGGCUCUACCACAGCCCCUACCCGCACCUCGUGCCGCACGGCUCUUCUACCACAGCCCUACCCGCAUCAUCCCUAACCCGCUGGGGCAUCAUAUUCAAGUGCCAAAUGGAUUGACUUUACGUAAACAAUAUACAAGUGUAUUUAAGUGAUUUUAUUAGAAAAAGAGGGGGAUGUGAUAUGAUAUAUUUCAUAUUUUAGAGUUAAUUAGUGAAGUGAUAUAUAUUAAACCGGUGUAGAUACACCUGGAGACAAUGUACUUAGGAAGGAGUGUGAUGGGCGGCGUGGUCGUGCGGGCGGCGGUGCUGGUGCUGCUGGUGGGGUGGGCGGCCGGCGUCAGGUGCCCGCCCAAGUGCAUGUGUUUCCGCACCACCGUCCGCUGCAUGUUCCUUGAUCUCAAGAGGAUACCUCACGUCCCGCCCAAGACUACUAUCCUGGACCUGAGAUUCAACAAGAUCAGAAGCAUCCCGACCAACCACUUCAAGGACCUCAAACAUCUCCACACCUUAUUGCUUAACAACAACCACAUCGCGCGCCUCCAGAAUGGCUCCUUCACCGGCCUCGAGUCUCUCCGGUACCUGUACCUGUAUAAGAACCGGAUACGGGUUAUUGAGAGCCAGGUGUUCCAAGAGCUGGGCAAGUUGGAACAACUAUACCUUCAUUUCAACAAGAUUGAAAAAUUAGGAGCCGAGGUAUUCUCCAACUUGAAUAGGUUGCACAGGCUGUUCCUGCACAACAAUCGCCUCCAGAGGGUCCCUCAGGGUGCCUUCUCCAACCUGCAGGCCCUCAGACGUUUGCGGCUGGACUCAAAUGCACUGGUGUGCGACUGCCAACUGAUGUGGCUGGCACAGAUGGUGAAGGAGAAGCAGCACACUACCCAGGUCGCUGCCACCUGCCAGUUUCCCUCCGUACUCCAGGGCAAGAGCCUCACUUCAAUAAACGGCUCAGAGUUCCAGUGCCGUGGUAAACCACUCAUCAAGGAGGGACCAAUAGAUGUGGAUGUCAGAUUUGGAGGAACUGCAUACUUCACGUGCAAGGUUGAAGGUGACCCACAGCCUAAGGUCACAUGGUUUCACAAUAACGAGGUGAUCAGUGACAAUGAUCGGUACAAUAUCCUGACUGAUGGAACACUGAUGAUCGAAAAUGCCCAGGAUAACGAUGUUGGCUUCUAUGAGUGCAUGGCCACUAAUCUUAUGGGUGAAGUGAAGUCACGCAAAGCUAAGAUGGCACCUGAAGAACAACAAGAUGAAGUCAGGAAUGAGCAAUUUUCAGUUCCUGCCAAGCCCCGUUUUCUUCGGUUGCCAAGUGAUGUGAAUGUUACGGAGGGUUCUCCUGUGGAAAUUGAGUGUCAAGCGUCCGGAAUUCCCAAACCUGACAUCAUAUGGACAAGAAAUGAUGACCCUAUAAUUGAAGGUCCAAGGAUUCAGGUGUCUAGCCGUGGAACAUUCUCAAUUUCAUCAGCUAUUCGAAAUGAUUCUGCAAUUUAUCGAUGUAUUGCAGCCAACCCACUUGGACGAAUUGCUGCAUCGGCUACCCUCAGAAUUCUUGCUCCACCAGUGCUAACAGUAGAACCCGACGACAAGUAUGCUAGUCCAGGCUCAAGCAUCCAGUUCACCUGCCAGGCUGAUGGAGUGCCUCCUCCUAUCAUCUCCUGGUUUAAAGAUGGCCAACCCAUUGUUCCUUUUGGAAGCUUGACAAUUUCCCUACGUGGUAUCAGUCUUGGAGUGCAGCAUGUAAAGCCUUCAGAUGAGGGAGAAUACACUUGCCGUGCUCAGAAUGCUGCAGGAAUGCAGGAAGCUUCAGCAACACUUUAUGUUCGUGAUAAGGUAGCUCCCGUUAUCCGCAAGGAGCCUCGCGAUGUCUCGGCAGUCAGUGGUCAAGAAGUGAUUGUGUUACCCUGUAAGGCUGAUGGUCGACCUAAACCAUUAAUCAGUUGGCGCAAAGAUGGUCAUGAUAUGGAAACUGAUAGCAAACAUAGAGUUGAGACUGAUGGUUCAUUGUUCGUAUACAAUGUUACUGAAGACGAUGCCGGGAUGUAUGAAUGUAACGCUCAGAACCACAUUGGGUAUGCCACUGCCCGUGCCAGAGUGACUGUAGAGGAGGAUCCAAGACCUCAUAUUGGAGACCAGUUCUUAGACCAGAGCUUUGAGGAAGCUCGUCACCAAGUGGACAGAGCUGUCAACGACACUAUAAGCCAACUGUUCCAGCGAGACAGAAGCCGUUCGCCUCAUCCUCAUGAGUUGCUUCGUAUUUUUCGUUUCCCCUCUUCUGAUGGACGGGAGAUAGCGAGGGCAACAGAAAUGAUUGAACAAACUCUGAAAAUUGUAAUGAGGCAUGUGGAAUCAGGCAUGGUGUUCAACCUCACAACGUUCAGCUACCAGGACCUGCUUUCUCCUGAAAAGUUGUAUUUGCUGAGAAACCUUUCUGGAUGCCUGGCCCAUCGACGAACAGUCUACUGUGACGACAUGUGCUUCCAUACAAAAUACCGCACCAUUGAUGGCACCUGCAACAAUCUCCGCAACCCACUAUGGGGAGCUUCGUUAACAGGCUUCAGACGUGUUUUGAGUCCAAUUUACGAAAAUGGAUUUAAUACACCUGUUGGUUGGUCAAAAACAAAGAGGUACCAUGGUUUCUUCAAGCCAAGUGCAAGACUAAUUUCAUCACGAAUUAUUAGCACAGAGGAGGUAUCACCAGAUCACCAUUGUACACACAUGCUGAUGCAGUGGGGACAGUUCCUUGAUCACGAUCUUGACCAUGCUCUUCCUUCAAUAUCUUCAGAAAGUUUUCAUGAUGGAGUAAAUUGUCAGACGUCAUGUGAUUAUGCAUCACCUUGCUUCCCAAUUGAGAUUCCUCCUGACGACCCUCGAAUCCGACAUCAUCGUUGCAUGGAGUUCACUCGUUCAUCUGGUAUCUGUGGUUCUGGAAUGACAUCAGUGUUUUUUAAUACUGUACUACCAAGAGAACAAAUUAAUCAACUAACAUCUUAUAUUGAUGCAUCACAGGUCUAUGGGUCUAGUGCUGCAGACCUGCGACUCUUGCGCAAUACAACACACUCUGGCCAGUUACGGCAUGGUAUUUUUACAUCGUCGGGAAAGCCCCUAAUGCCAUUCAGUGAAGGUGCUCCUGUAGACUGUCGAAGAGAUUUAAGUGAAAGUGGGAUUGACUGCUUCUUGGCUGGAGAUAUUAGAGCUAAUGAACAGUCUGGUCUGACAGCAAUGCACAUGGUGUGGUUUAGAGAGCACAACAGAAUUGCCGAAGCCCUGAGACAAAUCAACCCACACUGGGAUGGUGAUACUAUCUUCUAUGAAGCCAGGAAGAUUGUGGGAGCAGAGGUUCAGCACAUCACAUACACACACUGGCUGUCACAUAUCAUAGGACCAAGUGGACUGGAGAAGCUGGGGGAUUAUGCAGGCUACAAUCCUGACCUUGAGCCUACAAUUAGUAAUAUCUUUGCUACUGCUGUGUUUAGAUUUGGACAUUCAUUGAUCAAUCCAAUUCUUCAUCGACUCAAUGCUACCUUCCAGCCAAUCCCUGAAGGACAUUUACCACUGCACAAGGCUUUCUUCAGCCCUUGGCGCAUUGUACAAGAAGGCGGCAUUGAUCCACUCCUCAGGGGUCUUUUUGCAACUCCUGCUAAACUCAAGAUGCCUGGCCAGUUUCUAAACACAGAGUUAACAGAAAAAUUGUUCCGUGCUGCACAUGAGGUGGCACUUGACCUUGCUUCCCUCAACAUCCAGAGAGGACGAGAUCAUGCUCUGCCAGGCUAUACAGAGUGGCGCAAAGCUUGCAACCUCUCAGUGCCAGAGAACUUUGAUCAGCUAAGAUCUCACAUAUCAUCAAUAAACAUUCGAAACAAGCUUAAGCAGCUAUAUGGUCACCCAGGUAAUGUUGAUGUGUGGGUUGGUGGUUUAUUGGAAGACCCUGUUGAAGGUGCCAGAGUAGGGCCAACUUUCCAGUGUCUUCUUGUGGAUCAGUUCAGACGGUUACGUGAUGGUGACAGAUUCUGGUAUGAAAAUCCAACCACCUUCAAGAGUGAGCAGUUAGCACAAAUUAAGCAGGCCACCCUGGGAAGAGUUUUAUGUGACAAUGGUGAUAAUAUACAAGACAUGACAUCUGACGUGUUUGUGUUACCUCGUGAGCAGAGCCCGGCCUUUGUGGAGUGUUCCAAGCUUCCAUAUGUUGAUUUACGCUUAUGGACUGAGUGCUGUACAGAUUGUCGGAAUGCUGGCAACUUCAACAGCUUGACCCAACCACCAGGCAUUCGUUUUCGUCGACAAGCUCAGUUUUCACAUAUUGAGGACCAAGAACAUAUUUUAAUGGGAAUAACUAGUGGAAAACAAGCUAACAUUGACAUAAAUGAAUCAUCAAUUUUCUAUAAUAGUAACUCUGAAAAUAUCAGCAAUUCUAAACUGAAACAAAGAACUAGCCAUAGUCAUCAUCAAGAGAGUGUAAGAGGUUGGAUACCAAGAAAUAAAGAAGCCAGUGGUGAGCAAGACUUGGGAAGCUAUGAGCAAGACAUGACAGAACAGCGAAUAGAAGGGCUUGAAGUUCUAGUAGAACAGCUCUCAAAAACAGUGUAUGAACUUAAUAAAAAGGUGAGCACUUUAGAGCACAAAUGUGGUGGAAGUAUUCGAAAGAGGAGGAGAAAAUUAUGUAAAGAUGAAGAUGGAAAUGAACGAAUUAUUGGAGAGACGUGGCAGAAGGAUCCUUGCACUUUGUGCAAAUGUCAGAGAGGAAAUGUGGAGUGUCAGGUGAGCUCGUGCCCACCUCCAGCAUGUGACAACCCGGUGCUGAGAGAAGAUCAGUGCUGUCCUGUCUGCUGAGGCAUCACCUUAUAAUACUGUACCAAUUUCUAUCAUUUAUUUCCAUUUUAUGGAGGCUGUGCUGUGCCCGUCCUCUUGCUAAACUACUAAUUUCUUUAAUUUACCUUCAAGAAAAGUGGCUGCCUUUAAGUAAUCUUAAAUCAUCUGCCAAAGAAAGAGGAAAAUGCUACAUUUGAUACAUUUUUGUAAAAAAAUUAAAUUCUAAUGUUACAGAUGCGAGUUAAAAACAGCUGGAACAGUUUGCAAAGUGAGUGCACAUAUAAAUAAACUAAUGUGAUUUUUAUGAUAAGGAAUAAAUGUAACAUUCAAACCUUGAAUAUACAUGGUCAUAACAAUGCACUCUUUACCUACAUGGUAAAUAUUUUGAGACAAUCAUUAUGGAUUCAACAAUUGAGCCUACAUUGUUUGCAUUAUGAUGUGAAUACAAAAUUAGUAAAGCAAAGUAUUGUAAAGUUUUCAUUCUCAUUUUAUCUUUAAAGAGUACUGUACCUUGUCUUGGUUCGUACAUUCAGUUGUUCCCUCAUGUACGAUGCCACUGUCUCCUUGACCAGGGAUUGUGGAGUCAGGCAGAUGUGACAUAUGGCACAAUACAUCAAUGCAUUUUCAAGCAUCUCUUUAGGGUAUUGAUGGCUGAGAAAGUCACUAGAAUACUGAAUCCAAAAUGAAGAUUACCAUUGCAAAGUCCUUUUACCAAAAAAAAAUAAGAGCCAUUCCAAGUUCACACUUGGUCAUCACUGGUCACAUCUAAAGAGGGCUCCAAUGUUACAGCUAUCAGGUGGGCUGCCUCCUGCAACCUGCUACUCUGUAGCAACACCUCAAUCUUACCAGGGUUCACUGAACCAAGUACUCUCAUACUUGCUGAGUUCUGUCCUGGUUGUUUUUUUUAAAGGCUAGGACCUACAUAGUUAAGUGGCCUUGUUAUCCUUAAUCUUGUUUCUUGUGCACAGUGGGCGAUAUCCUUUUUACUCCAAAAUUAUAUAAAUUGUAUAAUCAUCAUGGGUAUGACGAUUAGUUUUCACUUGUUCUCUGAUUUUUCUUUUUCUUUUUUUUUUUCUUUGAACUAAGCCACUGUACUAGUUAACGAGCCAAUGUCACUUAUGAUUCUCUGCUACUUUGGCCUGGGAUGCAAGUGUUUCUUUGAGGUGCAGAGUGGCACAGGCUGCUACAAGCAUGAAGUGUUUAAGUUGUGCUAGGAUGUCACUGAUCCUUGGGUUUUUGUGGUUCUCCGGCACCUGCCUAAAGUAGGGGGGAUGCUAAUUCCCUGGUUUCCCGAGUCAGUACAGUGGUGUUUUCUUUCCCACCUUAACGGGGAUUAAACCCUGCCCUUGCAAGACUCCCUUUUGUGGAAGACCAUUGUGACAGUGUAGUAGGGGAACAGCUUCAGAAAUUCUAGGAUGAAUGAACUGGGAAUCCUUGGGCAUGGAGUGGUUUCCAAGGCCAUAAUUCUGGCACAUCAACCACUUUCUCUAGCCCUGUCCUCGUUGCUGGCCCAAGACUUUCUGGAGCCUUUUUUUCCUCUCGACAUUGAGGUCGGAUUUCUAUUUAGCUUUCAAAUUCACUUCUCUAGCAAGCAGGAAAAAUUCAUAAUUUACAACUGGAAAAUAUUAGGACUGGUUCCAAAUCUUUACACAGAAGUAACACCACAUGAGACCAGAAGGCAGGACAGGAUUUGCAAAAUAGCCCCAAUGAAAAGCAGAAGUGCAAUAGGCAGGCCGAGAGAGAAUUCGAUCAACAUCAAAGGUCCAAAACUUUUCAAUACCCCCUACACACACAGGGCAUAACUAACCAAGCUCUCAGUUUUCAAAAGAGAACUCAAUGAGCACCUUCAAAUGAUACUUGAUCAACCAGUCUGUGACUCAUACACCAGGCUGUGAGCAGCUGCAUUGAACAGCCUGGUUAAUCAGACCUGCAAUAGGAGGUCUGGUCAGAGACUAGGCUGCAGGGAUGUUGAUCCUUGAAAUCAACAGGUAGCACAUUAUCAAUUGUCUGCACAAUCUAUGCCCACAGACACAGGCAUAUCUUGCAUCUUGAGGGAGCUGCUGAAUGGCAGUUCUGAUGAGCUUUUCACUGAAACUCAAAGCCUUAUUUUUUAAUUAUAGCAGCCAUUCAUCUACACUCUAUAGCAGUCAGGAAAUGCAAUCUUGUACUCAGAUCAGCUCAUUACCACACGUGGGUAAAAAGCAUGUCAAUUUCUAAACCAAGAGUUACUAGGAAGUGCAUCUGAUCCAUUAGUGUAUGAUGCCAUCUGUCAACACUUGCUGACCACAUAGGUGGUCAUGAGUUGCAUCAUGGGUCAAGGGUAUAAGUCACUGCUUCUCAGGGACUUUAUGCAUAUUAAGUGUUAUGAUUUGACCCAUGUGUGGUAAUAAGCUGAGCUGGCUGUGAGGUCUUGCUACAUCUGCUGUUAUUAAGCCUCAACAUGCAAUCAUACAUUAAAAUUGUGAAUGUAAAUAUUAAUAAACUUUAAAUUUAUGAAGAAUAUAUAUACUGUAUAUAUAUUUUAUAGUUGUAUUGUGUUAAACACCUUAACAAAUGCUAAUAUAUACAUACAAAAUUUUGAUGUAAUAAAGUAAUUAGUCUUGGAAUUCAUACUAUUUUUUCAUAAAAUUCCUAAGGAAUGUAUUCAUGCCUAAUUCCACAAGAGUAUCCAGACAAAGAAACCAAAAAAAGGUUUUUAAAAUAAUGCAAUGGAUCCAGCAAUCUUAAGGAUGUUGGUAAAGUAUUUAACCCUUGAAGAGUCAACUGUUACAUAUAAAAUCUGUUCCAGCUUUAUUUUCUUCUAAUUCUGUCUUACUCUGAGCAUUACCUGCGUAUUGUCUAUCACUGCCACUUUGACGUCUACUUAACCGUUUCAAUGCUAUAAAAAUAAGUAGCAUUUGCCAAGCUUGCAGCUUGCAUACUAGUCAGUAGGAAAUCCUAUACAGUAUGUCCACUUGUUUGGUGCAUUUACUAGAGAACUAUGAAAAAUAUUAACCAAUUUAUCUCAAGAUUUUUAUAGGAUAGGCUCAAUAGUUACCCUAGAGCUCUGCUUUUUAUCGAUUUUUGCAGCAUUACUAAUAUGGUGCUAAUAUUUGACAAAUUUUAUCUAAUAUUUAUUACAUACCAUAAUAACAUUCACUGCCAAUAGUGUAUAAGAAUGUUUGUUAUUUUCUUAAAAGAACACACAUCAAUAUCAGCACAUUUCAAAUGUCAUCAGACUACACUCAAGAUUUAUAACAAGGCUGUUUUUUUUUUAUUUUUACUCUGCAAUGGUUCUCAUUAUAUGGAUGACUGUUUUUUGAUGAUUUUUGAAAUUUGUAUAUGCUUUCAUUACCUCACUAUUUAAAAUGGUAAAAAUCAGGUCUUGGAUUUAGUAAUGUUUGCCACUUAUAAAUCUUACCCAUGUGCUUAUGUAUGACUAUGAUAAAUCUUCUUAAUAAAAUAUUUAUAACCCAACAUACACAUGAAAUGAAAGUAAUGACAUUUCCGAUUGUCCUGAACCCUUAUUUAGUUGUGAAAUACUGUAUUAUGACUUACGACUUUGGUCCAAGACGAACGGACCAAAACGUUAUCACUUUUAUAUGUAUGUUGUGUGUUUUAGUCCCAUUAUUGUUACAUAUUCCCUGCAUAAAAUAUUACUCCAUAGAAGUGAUUGUCUUAGGAGUUUAUUAUUGAUUCUUAAUUGUAAUUUAAAUUUUUAUAAAAUCGAGGUGUGUGAAGACCAUGAUGUAUGUUACUGACGUGUUUGCUUGAUAUGUUUGAUAUUUAUAUUUUGUAGUAAACCUUAAAAAAAAAUUUAUACAGCAAUUUGGGCAGGUUUUCUUACACCUGAUGGCUCUGUUCACCUAACAGCAAAAUAGAUACCUGGGAGUUGAACAUUUAAGGGUUGCCUGCUAAGAAAGGUCAGUCAUUGGCCUAGAGAAACCUUGAUAAGUCUCAACAAACUUCCUGUUUGUGAGCAUAGGAAACUAUUUGAAUUUUCUUGCAUGAGCAAGUUUGGGAAGGAAAAACAAAUCCAGAAAAAUAUCCUAUAACUUCAUAAUUUUUUUUUGUUAAUAGAAAUCAUGUACAAUAUACAGUAUUUCAAGAUUUAAUUAGUGCUGGGACAUUUAGGCAGAAAUUUAGUUUUUAAAUAUAUGAUUUAUACCUGCAAUUGCCUAAUACAAAUUUACUGUACAUUAUUUGAGGGUAUAAAAGAAUUUAGGGAAAGUUUAAUAAGCCUGUAUCAAGUUCAACUAUGAGCUUUACACAAUACUGUAUAUCAAACAAAAGGUUUAUUUAUUUACAAGUAUGGAACUAAACUAUAGCAAUUUAGCAUUAUGAAAUACUGUACUAAAUGGCAAUAUAUGUCAUCUUUUAUAUGUAUUUGAGGUGGCUAGGUGUAGUGAAACUAAUUUUAUGGCCAAAUCCUACUGUAUGAUGUGAUAAAUGUGAUGGAGACUGAAGUGGUAUAAACCUGAGAGUUGUCUUCUGGAUACAGUGGCAAUAAUUAUAGCAUGAAUGAUAUUGUGGAUCUGUUUAGCUUUUUGUACUCAAAAUGCUCAUGUGUAUUGUGUAAAAUAUUAUAAAAGGAUGUUUGUGAAAAAAUAAACAUUGAAAUUAG